UUGGAUUAUCUCAUCUGAUUUAUUUUGUUGGUGUUUUGGCGUGUUUAUUUGCUGGAUUUGACUUCUCUCCUUACUUGGUUUGAUUGGCGAAACGGUACUGGUCUAAAAUUUAUCAAAGGAUCGUCCUUAAGUAUUUGAUUCUUUCACUGUUGGCAUCUCAUGCCUGGAGGUAGUCUUCUGAUUGUUGAGCUUCUAUGUUGAGCUGCCUAUUUGAUUCGUAAGGAGCGACCUUCAGUUUUCCCAUUGACUUUAAGCUACUCUUGCGAUGGCAUCUCCGACAAAUCAUCCAAAGCUAAACGUAGUUAGCAUAUGAUAAAUUGCGGCAGUAGUCAUAUGCAAUCGGAGACGGCAGGGUUAUCACUCGUCUUGAGUAGUUAUAUUGUCAAUUAGCUACAUGGCCGAUAGUGAUACAAAAACUUUAGGAAUUGAAUCUCGGGUUACUAGCGCAUCUACAUAAACUCAACUAAAUGUUCUUUUUCCCAUUUUUCAGCUCUCUCAGUGAUUAUGAAAGGCUUACUCGGAUAACCAGGUGCAAGUAGCAUGUCGACUUACUAUACCAGUUCCAGCGAUCAAAGAGAUGCUGCACCUGUUCUAUACUUACGAGAACACGCCCCCACAUCGCAUGCUGAGGAACCUCUUCUUCCUGGCCAUAAUAUGAUGUAUGUAAGUUCCGGAUCCUUCUCGAGUGCAUUGGCCGGGAAUCCUCAGCAGCAAAGUACCGGCAUGGAUAUGUCGUCCGUUGGAGGUCUGGAUUCUAUGCCGCAGCACCAAGCCAUGUUUUCUAGCCUCGGUGGGUCCCAAAUGAGCGAUCAUGGUUUGACUGGGUGGAGAGAUGGGAGGAAUGAGAUGCUCUUUAUGCAGCCAAUGGCCAGCCACUCGGCAGUCCUUCAAGAUGGUCAGAACUUGCAGGGACAGGGACUUUCACUUAGUCUCGGGACGCAUAUUCCCUCAGGCAUCCACAUUCCUUCGAGUCAAUAUCGGACUCAGAACUUGGGUUUAACUGCAUUCUUAAGUCCUAAUUCGUCGAAAUCGGCUGAAAGCAAUAGCAGAAAUGGCUCCAAUGUAGAUGAACAACCAAGAAGUGCUGAGUUCUUCCCUCAGAGUCUAGUGGGAGCCAAUCAAGACCCGAACACUGCGAACUUUUCUGUAAAUGGAAUGGCAAGUGUGUCAAGAAUGAUUCCGAAUUCUAGAUACCUAAGGGCAGCUCAACAGCUGCUUGAUGAAGUUGUUAAUGUUCGGAAAGCUUUGAAGCAAUCUGAUAGUGAGAAAAUUAAGCGGUCUGAAGAGGGAGAUGACGAUUCCAAGAAAGACGCUGCUUCAAAUCCUCAAGAGUCAGAUGGUAAUUCCGCUGGCGACCUUUCACAGGCUGAAAGACAAGAAUUGCAGAGCAAGUUGGCCAAACUUUCGUCAAUGUUGGAUGCGGUUGAUAGAAGGUACAAACAGUAUUACUAUCAGAUGCAGAUUGUAGUGUCAUCCUUCGACAUGAUAGCGGGACCUGGUGCUGCUAAACCAUACACUGCUCUUGCCCUUCAGACUAUAUCACGCCACUUUCGAUGCUUGCGAGAUGCAAUCACCACCCAAAUUCAAGCAACCCGUAAGAGUCUCGGGGAACAAGAUGCUUCCGGAAGCAGUAAAGGAGUGGGAAUACCUCGGCUUCGCUAUUUGGACCAGCAGCUCAGGCAGCAACGGGCCCUACAGCAGCUUGGGAUGAUGCAACAGCAUGCGUGGAGGCCGCAAAGAGGACUCCCUGAGAGUUCUGUUUCUAUUCUUCGGGCCUGGCUUUUUGAGCAUUUUCUUCAUCCUUACCCAAAGGACUCUGACAAAAUCCUGCUCGCAAGGCAGACAGGGUUGACAAGAAGUCAGGUCUCGAAUUGGUUCAUCAAUGCAAGAGUGCGUCUCUGGAAACCCAUGGUUGAAGAAAUGUACAAAGAAGAGACUGGGGAUGCGGACAUGGACUCCAACUCAUCCUCCGACACAGCCAAGCUGAAAAUAGGAGACGUCAAGUCCUCCAUGGAGGACCGGGUGGAAGAAGUGCAACAGAGUUCAACAGCUACACAGAGAUGCGGCUCGGGCCAGCUCAUGGACUCAACGUUCGACCGGACUCCGGAUGUCGAAAUGGCGGGCCACCCAGUGGGAUUCAACUACCUAAAUGGGAGACACGGAGAUGUCGAAGCCGAAUAUGGCCACAUCAAGUUAAAUGGAGAGCAAGCGCCCAGUGUCGACGAUUGCGGUCUCUUCCAGAAUCCCAUGGUCCAAUCCGGCAGCAGCAACAACGACAGGUUCAUGGCUGCUGCCGCUGCCUACCAAAUGGCCGAGCUGGGGAGGUUCGGGGGAGGAAGCGGGGUGUCCCUUACUCUGGGGCUGCAGCAUUGCGAGGGGGGCGCCUUGCCCGUCUCUGCUGGGGCCCAUAGCGGCUUCCUGGCCAUGAGAGGGGAUGACCUCUACAACCAGGCGGCUUCCUCUAUAGGCCCCGGGACGGCGGAAUUCGAAAGCAUCAACAUCGGGAACCAACAGCAGAGGUUCGGUUCCACGCAUUUGUUACACGAUUUCGUGGCGUGAAACUUAGGAAAUGACAUAUAUUGUGGCACCAGCACACAAGUCUGUAUGAUAUUGUAUUUUUUUUGUGGAAGGGUUAGUGAAAUUUGUAAAGAUUAAAGAUUUUCACGCACUAUUUGUUAAAUAUGUGAACUGGGAAUUGUAUAAGUAGGGCUAAUCAAAGCCAAGCUUAGUACAGAAAUAAUGAAAAAAACAGAGGGGAUGUUGGGGUUGAAACUUUGAA